UAAAGGUGUGUAUAAUGUUAGGUUGUUAAAUAUUCCUUUGGUAGCUUUUAUGUUUAAAAAAUAUGACAUGGGUUGCACCAACUCAGAGACAGUUGGCUUAAAGUAACAUUCUCAAUGGGUUGAAAUUGUCAGAAACCACAAACCCUUCUUUUGCUCAACUCCAAUCACUUUUGCCACCCAAUUUUAUCUCAAUUCAUUUUGCAAACACACAAAGAGAGAAAGAGAGAAGAAGAAAGUUUGUUCCGUUACAGCCUCACAAUUGCAACCAAGUUUCGUAUAAAAGAAGACAUAAAUUUCGCUGGUUCCUCUUUUGUCUGAGGAUCUUGGAGACGAGGAAGCAACAAACACACACAAAAAAACCCAAAAAAAGAAAGAGAGAAAGCAAAAAAAAAAUGUCUUUCACAGGAACAACCGACAAAUGCAAUGUUUGCGAUAAGACAGUCUAUGUGAUGGACAUGUUGUCCAUUGAAGGAAUGCCUUACCACAAGUCUUGCUUCAAAUGCACCCAUUGCAAAGGCACCCUUGUGAUGAGCAACUAUUCAUCCAUGGAUGGAGUGUUGUACUGCAAGACUCAUUUUGAGCAACUCUUCAAGGAAUCUGGCAAUUUCAGCAAAAAUUUCCAACCAGGAAAAACUGAGAAGCCGGAGCAGAGUAAGACUCCAAGCAAGAUAUCUUCAAUCUUCUGUGGAACACAAGACAAGUGUGCUGCUUGUGACAAAACUGUCUACCCUCUUGAAAAGGUGCAAAUGGAAGGAGAAUGCUUCCACAAGACAUGUUUCAAGUGCGCUCACGGUGGCUGCAUGCUGACUCACUCCUCGUACGCUUCCCUAGAUGGCGUUCUCUAUUGCCGGCAUCACUUUAACCAACUCUUCCUGGAGAAAGGCAACUACGCUCACGUCCUCCAAUCCGCCAACCACCGUCGCACGGCGUCAGGUAACACUCUUCCUCCGGAGACCACUGAAGAAGUCGCCGUCGAAGCCAAGGAAGAGAACGGCGAUUCACAGUCUUGAAAAACAAAAAUAUAUUCCAGUGAGUUUGUGAGUGAUUUGAAUUUAAUGUUGCGACAAAAUAUUUGAUUUCAUUUGUAUUUGAGUUGUUUCCAUAUGAUCGAGACAUUAUUUAAUAUUUUUGUUUUCGUUA